AUGCCACGCAAAGAAACCAACACGAGCACCAUCACCGCUCAAGCCCAACAGGAUGCCGUCUCAGAUGGUAUCGAAAGCUUUGAGCUGCCCAAAAGCUUGAUAACCAAAAUCGCUCGGUCUGCAAUCCCCGAGAACGCGAAACUUCAAAAGGAAACCAUCUUAUCCCUCGUAAAAGGCUCCACAGUAUUCAUCAAUUAUCUCGGUAGUGCUCAUGAUGUCGCUCUAUCUAAACAACAUAAGAGCAUCAGCGCAACAGACGUCCUCCGUGCCCUCGAAGUAAUGGAGCUGGGUGAUCUAGUACAGAAUCUUCAGCAGGAGUUGCAAGUAUAUCGUGAGCUCAGUAAAACAGACAAGACCAAGCGGACCACAUCCUCUGCCGCUCCAGCUCUUCGCACCACCCCAGUCCUCAAGCUCGUCGGUACAGGGUCUCUCUCUGCUCCAGCACCACUCGGUCCUACUAUCAAAAUCAAAGGAAAAGAAAAAGCCUCUACGCCAUUCACAUUUACACCGUUAGGACCUCCCCCUUCAGAAUCAAUAUCGACGGGUCCCGUAGCUAUGGACGUAGAUCAAGAGGUGAUAGAAGAGGAAGAAGAGGAGAUAGUAGAGGAAGAGGAAAUUGCCGAUGAAGAAGAGCAAGACGAGGAUGAGGAAGAAGAGCUACAGGAUACCGUCGCGCUCGAGGAAGAGGAACUCAGAAAGGAUGCAAAGGGGCUGGAUGAUAAUGUUGGUGCUCAUCGUCCUGAGGCGCUACAAGAUGAUGAUAAGACGAUAGAGUGA